GCAGCCAUGGCCGAGAAGCGCGGCCUCUGGACCGAGCAUGUGGACGCGGCGACGGGGCGCACGUUCUACUACAACGUCGCAUAUGGCCGCAGCUUCUGGACGCUACCAGACGACUGCUCCGUGGUCCGACCCCGGCAGGCGCCCACCGAGCCCGACGACGAUGCGAUGGACACGAUUAGCAAGGAGGCGACGAGCCUUACCGAGCGCAUCAAGCUCGCCCUCGAGAAGAAGGCGCAAGCGUCCACGACAGAGCCCGCUGCGUAGCACUUUCGUGUUGCUGUUUAGUUAGUCGAAUCAUCCUCCCGCACGAGUAAACUACUGCCGGUUUGGCGUCGCUUGGGGUUCUCCUACA